AUGUCGUACGUAAAACAGUGUCGAGGCGACAGCUGCGGUUACUCUGCGCCAGUGAUGUGGACUGUACGGAAGAUCAUCAAAGCCUCCAUCAUCAUCUAUUCGCUAGUGUUUUUUAUCACUGUUGCGAAACAGCUGUGUUUGAAGCAGUUCCAAAAUAGACCAACAAGUUCAAAUGUCAAAGUUAGGGAGAAAAAUGCUUCAAACGAGGAUGAGAGUGGAUAUUUUCCGGAAUCGCAGAUUAUUUCCACCAAAGUCGUAGCAGCAGUCUCAGCAGACCAAGUGAAAAAUGCGCCAUCUAACAAACUGCCAUUGAAGACGCGAUACCUGUUACCAGUAAUACACUCAGGAGGGCAAAAUGUUCAGUUCUUAGCGUUUAAGAGAGCGACAACGUUCGCGUAUGUCCACAAUAGAACAAUCGUAGCCACUCCGUUUUUCUUGCAUGGAGGCGAUGCACGUGGGUGGACCAUGGAACACUGGCGAGACUUCAAUAUCACCUUUGACACCGACGUGCUCCAGGAAAUCGUUCCUGUCGCUACGCUGGAAGAUUUCAAGGCGCAGUGCACUGGUAAGAUAAAAGCGCUCCACGUAACGCUGCACGGGAUUACAAAAACGGCCCACAUAUUAAACAACAUACUGAAACUAGGGCCUAUCAGCAGCGAAAACCUCAGAAGAAUAAGCUCCAGUUACGACGAAGAUCCUCUAGGAGACGAGACGUGUGUAGCGUUCCUCCUUCCACACGACCUCCAGGACCCCGAUAGGGAAAUGACAGAGUUGAUCGACAGUCAUUUUGUGAGAUCGCCAGUCAUUCAAAGAGCAGUAGAUGCCGUUUGCAAACACGCUUGCAAUGGUGGACGCCUACUUGCAAUUCACUGGAGAAACCGCACUGGGGAGCCAUGUGUCCACUUUUUACAUUACCCAGAAGUGAAGGCUAAGUGCGCCAAAGAUCUUCCAUUUGCCGUGAGAGCCGCACAUGUUGUUGGACACUCCUUGAAGUUGUACAUGGAUGCUGAGAACUAUAACUGUCUCUUUGUGGCUCAUCCAAAUUACUCGAUGGUAAUUAAAAAGUUAUUUAUAUGA